AUGCUUAAAUGGCUCAUAAAUGAUACCGAAGUAGUUAAGAAAGCAUUGCAUCAUAGUUUUUUAAUAAAUGAGAGCGAGAUCCUAGAGUUAGAUAGAAUUCAAACUUCUAUCUUAGAAGAAGAUUCAACAAUUACGUUUAAUUCAACCAUUUUUUUUAAACAAAGGAUGGAAGUUUUUGGAAAAAGCUGUCAAAAUGAAGAGAAAAGGGGAAAUAUGGAUAUGUCCCAAGUGCAACCUAGACAUUGGUUCCAAAAACUCCAUUUUAUGUGA